UGGAAGCUGAGGGAUUUUCACCCCGCAUUGCUCCCCUCCCUCUGCACCCCCAUUAUUCUCCCCUUCACACUGGGGCUGGGGAUCCCCCCACUGGUGCUGUUACAUGGUGAGGUGGAGGAGUGACCAGGAUCCAGAGAAUGGUAAAUAACGCUGAAGACCCCUGAGAGGCUUUCUGACUUGCCCUCCUCAUGUAAAGUAUGCUCAGAACCUUUCCAGUAGUGCUGCUGGAAACCAUGUCUCACUACACAGAUGAACCCAGAUUUACUAUAGAGCAGAUAGAUCUGCUUCAGCGCCUGAGACGUACUGGAAUGACCAGACACGAAAUCCUCCACGCCUUGGAAACCUUGGACCGUCUCGAUCAAGAGCAUAGUGACAAGUUUGGAAGACGGUCUAGCUAUGGAGGCGGUUCCUAUGGCAACAGUACCAACAAUGUCCCAGCGUCUUCCUCUACAGCCACAGCUUCUACACAGACUCAGCAUUCUGGGAUGUCCCCGUCACCUAGCAACAGUUACGACACCUCCCCACAGCCUUGCACUACUAAUCAGAAUGGGAGGGAGAGUAACGAGAGGUUGUCAGCGUUCAAUGGGAAGAUGUCGCCCACUCGCUAUCCACUUGCAAACAGCUUGGCUCAAAGGUCGUACAGUUUUGAAGCCUCUGAAGAGGACUUGGACGUAGAUGACAAAGUGGAAGAAUUGAUGAGGAGGGACAGCAGCGUGAUAAAGGAGGAAAUCAAAGCCUUUCUUGCCAAUCGGAGGAUUUCCCAAGCAGUUGUUGCACAGGUAACAGGUAUCAGCCAGAGCCGGAUCUCUCAUUGGCUGUUGCAGCAGGGGUCAGACCUGAGUGAACAAAAGAAAAGGGCAUUUUACAGAUGGUACCAGCUUGAGAAGACGAACCCUGGGGCUACGUUAAGUAUGAGACCUGCUCCAAUCCCAAUAGAAGAGCCAGAAUGGAGACAGACACCUCCCCCAGUCACAGCUACCUCUGGGACCUUCAGACUACGGCGAGGCAGUCGGUUUACAUGGAGAAAGGAGUGCCUGGCAGUUAUGGAAAGUUACUUCAAUGAGAAUCAAUAUCCUGAUGAGGCAAAGAGAGAAGAAAUUGCAAAUGCCUGUAAUGCAGUUAUACAGAAGCCAGGCAAAAAGUUGUCAGAUUUGGAGCGAGUUACCUCCCUUAAAGUGUACAACUGGUUUGCCAACCGGAGAAAGGAAAUCAAGAGGAGAGCCAAUAUCGAAGCAGCAAUCCUGGAGAGCCAUGGCAUAGAUGUACAGAGUCCAGGAGGCCAUUCCAAUAGCGAUGACGUCGAUGGGAAUGACUAUUCAGAGCAGGACACUUGGCAAGUACGCAAUGGGGAGGAGGAGGGAAGAUGUUCAGAGGGAGGCAGAGAAGCAGAGAAGGUAGAAGAAGACAGGAGGAUCUGCUCCAAACAAGAUGACAGCACUAGCCAUAGUGACCACCAAGAUCCCAUUUCAUUAGCCGUGGAAAUGGCAGCAGUAAACCACACCAUCUUGGCAUUGGCCCGGCAAGGAACCAACGAAAUCAAGACAGAGGCCCUAGACGACGACUGAUACAAAGAAGGGGGAGGGUCAAAGCAAGAAAGUCACCCUGUGAUCACCUUGUCAUCUAGUAUCUAAAUGAUGAACUGUGUAUGCAUCUAAGAAAAUUACAUCUGCUGGCAUUGUGUGAAAGUGAUCUCUGGCAUCCUGAUAAAAGUGAUAUGUCGCUGCCGGUAAGAGGAAACUGUUCACUGGAAGCAGCACGGGAUGCGUUAGAGACGGGCUAGGCUGCAUUAUAUCUUUGAAAAAAUUAAUGCAUUUACAUAGCAUUUCCACUGCAUUCCAUUUUAUCCUCCCUGCUGUAUGGAAAUAGUUUCAGAGGGAAGAUGGCUUAGUUUUGAAGCAUGGCUUUCCUUUGUCUUUUGUUCAUUUUUAAAGGUGAAGGGAAGUUACUAUGACUUGUUUUGGUUUUAUUCCUUCCCAUCUCCUCCUCCCCCAGCUUUGCAAGAUGUUUGCAACUUGAAACCAUCAGAUAUAAUUGCCAGCACUUAGAAAAAGAAAGAAAGAAAGAAAGACCGACCAAAUUGUGGCACAUCAGCAGGUUUUAGCCAGCCUUAAACCCCCUGAAGGUAAAGACUAACUAGAUCAUGUUUAUGUCUGCUAAUCUGCUGAAAGCUGUUUAGGUAGAUGUGGGAGAUUCUGUGCUUACAGAGGGCACAGAGUUGGCACCUCUUAGCCCCUGUGACUUUGAAGAUAUAUAGGCAGGGCUUGGCCCUGUCAUUCAUUUAUGGAUUUCAUUGGAAAAUGUAUGUGCUUUCUUUAGCAGUAGAUCACUGAAGCAGAAUGGAGCUGUCUUUUUCUGUUUUAUUGUAUGUCUUGAGUAGGCAAAUUCAUGAAUAGCGUCAGGAUAGACUCAGGAAAGAAUGAAAUCGGUUCAUCACAUUGCAGUAUUCUUUCUUGGGUGUGUGUGUGUGUGUGUGUGUGUGUGUGUGUCCCCACUAGCGAGCAAAGGGCGGGGUGUGUGUGAUGUUUUUGCACUGCAGGAUGAUCAAGCAAACUGUAGCUUCAGUGGAAUUUUACCUACUUAUUCAUACUACAGUCACACACAGAGCUUGCAAUAAAUCGCGGUGGUUUCUUGUCAGGAGAUUUUAAUAAUCAAUGACCUCUUUAUGCUGGUUUGCCACCAGAGUUUGUUCUAGCUGUUCCAUUUUAAAGAAUCGAAUCAGACUGAUAGACAGCUGCACCUACAAAAUAAAUAUUGCUUACAUUUUUACCUUAAAAGUCAUUCUUUGAAACAAACAUCUAUUUAGAGAAUGAAGGAAGAAUAACACCAAUACAGUAAAGGCCAGAUCCUGAUCUCUGCUGCACUGGUGUAAAUUUGAAAUAACUCCAUAAAAAGAAUGGAUUUAAACCACUGUAUAGGAGAGAAUCUGGCCUUCACUCUGUCUAGCACAGUCUUACAACUCCUGUGUCCCAUAACACAUCAAAAAGAAUAAGCAGAUGAACAACUUGUGUAUAAUUAGCGAUCAGUGGCUCUUCUGUCCUAAAUUGCAGCUUGCUGGUAAGCAGCAGCCUUUGCCCCACCAGAGGAAGACCAUAGACUGAUUCAGUAGGUAAGAAAUGCCUUAAGCGAGCCAGGUGCUACAUAGUUCUGUUCAUCUCCCUUCAUCUGCAUUCUGUUUGGUCUCUGUACGGCCCUCAGAAGAUAUGAUCAAGCAAUAUGAUCUUAGCCAUCCUCAAUAUCCUGAUGACACUGAGCUGUCUAGCUCCCUCCUUAGCCCGCUGUGGACUGUUUCUUGAUUGACAGACACUUAUUUUGAUGAGGAUAGCCGGUCUAGGCUCUCAUUAGAUAACUCCUGUCUAUCGCGUUGAGGGAAACCUUUUCAAGACAUUUUGGAACGGCUUCUGCAGCCUUGUCGUUCAGGGCGUGGACAAUGCUAGUGAGAGAACACUGGAAAUUAAGGUUUGCUCUGGGUCACUCCCUCAGCAAGCUGAGCCAGUCCUUUUGAGGCUAUUUCCAUCUCUGCGUUUUCUGUCAAAUCAGGUUUUUCUCUGCAGUGCUGCAGUUCAGACCUUGUUACGGACAUUCAUACAUUCAUCACCUCCAGGAUAAAUUACUGUGCAGCCCUCCCACUUGGGUUCUGCUUGAAAUUGAUCUGAAAGCUGAAUUGGUUACAGGAUGGUUACCGACUCCUUCCAUGGAUGCAGUUUGAAGAAUCGAUGAUUCCUUCCUUCCAGGCUGCUGCUAACACCAACAAAUUCAAUCCAGAUUGGUAUCUCAUGGCUCAUAAUACUUUAGCCAGCAUUUUUUUGCCAUCCUCCAGAGCAGGAGAGGUUGGCUGGGUUGUCCUUGGUUUCUAUCCCUAGAUAUUAUUGGAGCUUGUGGGAGUGCAGUGCAGUACAGGGCUCCAUCCAUGGAGUUCCCUUCUCUGAGGACGUUCCCCAGAGUUUUCCUGUGGCUGGCUCCUGACUCUGCAUCAGGCCUUUCUCCGCCGAUUUGUUCAUCUUUGGCUAUUUCGUUGCUCCCCUUUUUCUUUGCUCGUGUAGUUCGGGCCAUGUCUUUUCCUGGACUGUUAUGUGUAAUAUAUUCAUUUAAAUUUGGUACCGAUGUCCAAAUAUUUUGCAACAGAUGCCUUGGAUAAUAAGUUAACACAGCGGCAGGCGGACGGCAUUUUUCUUUGAUGCCCUGGUGAUACAGAGACAUCUUUGAAGUACCUGGAGGUGUUACAACAGUUUCACUGCUCCAAUAAAUGUGAUCUUACCAAGAAGGGAGUUUCUAACUUUGAACCGUGUUUUCUAGCAACGCUGUGUUGACCUAGCAUGAUUGUGAGUCGCGUUUGUUUGUGUUUUAUUUUUACCUACUUAAAAUAUUCUCCUAUAAGAGAGAGGCCUCGUCUGCAAAGUCUGGAUCCAGCUUUCCAAAACUGGGGGGUAUUUAGAUUCAUAGUUUUAGUUCAGACCUAUCUGUAAUAUAAAUUGCAGUGGUGACCUAUUAUGCUUAUGUGAGUCUUCAUUGAAUUCCUCAAUAACUUUAUUUUAUUCCAUUGACUAUAGUGGAGUUUAAUGGAUCAGUGUUUUCAUAACACCCAGGCUAUCUAUGUAGGUGGAUGGACGGUUUUUGGGAAGGGUUUUAGCAUACAUUGACUGGACUUUCUACCAUCUCGCUGUUGUGGCGGGGAAUCUUUUAGGUUUGGCAUAGCUAAUGAGAUUCUCUAUAAGUAUCACUUUCGUAUGCAGGCUGGCAAGAUUUUUGCUAUUUUACUCCUCAUGGAAAGCUAGUAAAAUCAUAGGAUAUGUCUACACUGUAAGCCCAGGAUUCAAAUUCAGGCUCAAGCCUUGCCCUCCUUCCGUCUACAUACACAUCACUCGAAUCCAGAGUUCGGACCCACGACCCUAUGGUGGUGGGGGGUCCUAGCCUGAGUCAAACUGGGACCGAGGGGGUCAAGCCCGAUUGCUUUGUAGUGUAGCUGCAGUCCCACUGGAUUUGUGCCCUGGGAGUCUGAGAAAAGUAUCCCACCAUCCCACAGGCCAACUUUUUGUCCUCUGGACAGUCAAGUCUGGAGAACAAUCAUGUUUUCCCACACUGCACCCAAGCAAAGGAUGAGAGCAGACACAUUAUGGGAGGGCAGUAGGGAGUCUGGGAUAUGGGUGGUUGGACUCGGGCCCACAUAAUACAGUGCAGACACUGAAGCGCCAGGUUGGGACUCAGGGUUCAACAAUUCCUAAUCUUGGGUUACAAAUGAGCAUAGCUGCUCAAACCCAAGCCCUGAAUUUACUUUGCAGUGUAGGCAUACUCCCAGUAGUGCGGCAGUUUAUAGAAGUAGAAUGGCACAUGGUCAGCUCGUAUCUGAACUGGUCAAAAUCUUUUUGUCUUGCUGUCUUAAAGGGACAUAAAGAUUUCACUAAGAUUUUCAGCUUCUCUAUUAGAGUACUGUUCUCUCAUCACUCUGGUUUACCUCGUGCAAUCAAAUUAGUCUUGUCACACAGAGCUAUCUGGUAUUUGCAGCAGGAUUCCACUGGCUGGCUGGGUACAGUCACAGAAUCAUAGAAAUCUAGGGCUGGAAGGGAUCUUUAGAAUCCCUUGCCCCAUACGGAGGCAGUACCCAAGUAUACCUCGACCACCCCGAAAGGUGUUUCUCUCACCUGUUUUUAAAAACCUCUAGUGACUGAGAUUCCACAGCCUCCCUUGGUAACCUGUUUCAGUAUAUAACUAUCCUUACAGCGGGAAAGAUUUUCCUAAUAUCUAACCUAACUCUCCCUUGCUACAGAUUAAGCCCAUUACUUCUUGUCCUACCUUCAUUGGACAUGGCGAAACUUGAAGACUGUUUUCCGGUCCCCACUCAGAUGACUUUUCUCAUGACUAGAUGGGCACAUUUUUUAAAUCUUUCCUCAGAGAUCAGGUUUUCUGAACCUCUUGUUAUUUUUGUUGCUGUCUUCUAGAUCUCUCCAGUUUUCCACAUCAUUUUUAAAGUGUCUUUUAUUGUACACAUGGGUCAGACUUGCAAAAUUGGUGUGUGGAUUUUGAAUGCAUAUAAUAACACUGCCCCUAACUAUUUAAUCCAGGAUUUUGAUUCCCGUUGUAGCUUGAAUUGAGAGCCAAGUGUAGAUUCCCAUCUUUCUCCCUUAAGUUCAUAAGUAUUUGUGUCCAAGAUUUGGUUUGAGUCUCUUAAGUUAUAUUAGCUUUGAACCCCAGGAACUGGUCACUAUGAUGGUCUUUGCCCUGGUGGGUUUUGAAUGGAGGAAAAUGCCCCAUCUAAUUUCCUCAUGUCAGUUCAUUUCUGAUGGGUGUGAUGUUUGUUAGAAAGUACGUUUCUUUCCCCUAAGCAGGACAUUGUGAAUUUAGUAUUGCUUACUAUUCAUCAGCUAAGUAAUUUAUCUCUUCCUUCAGGUCACAGUUUGUGAGAUUAUGACCAAGAAACUUUGGGUUUCUCAUCAGAAAAAACUCCCUUGCUCAUAUUUAGUAAAGGGCUUCAUUUCCCAGUAGCUGUUGCAAUUUUUUUUUUCAGUGCAAUUUUUUUCAUUAACAAUAUUGUUUGCUUACAAUCUUCACACAUUUUUAGGUAAUAAUUUUUUAAUUUGGUUUAGCAGUUUUGCUCUUGACGUGGGUCUGUGUUGAAAAAUGAGUUACCUGUCACAACCAAAAUGUAUUCAUUAUUGUGGGUAUAGGACUUUUCUGUUUUUUAAUGCCCUCCUGAUGAAUUCAUUGGGGCUGCGUAGACACCAGCUAACUUUUGCAGUUUUACUGAGCCAAGACAAACUCCUCAUCAUUCCCUUGAACGGAAGGCGAGUGCACUGAUCAGGAGUACCAAGGAGCUGGGUUGCAGAGGUAUUUCCAAAUAAAGCAUUCCUUUCUGUGCUUUUUUUAAUAGCUAGGAUAUUUACUCAGGAUUUGGAAUCAGUUGUUGGCCAACACAGAUUUGGCAAACUGAAAAGCAUGACCAGAAACCCCUGUCUCUUAGUUUCAUUUACCAUGGUCUAAUUUACAGUAGCUAAAUUGUCCAAUUAAAGAUAUUCCAUGUUAAUGAAAAAAGAGGUGGCAGCUACAAAUUAGAAUUUCAGAUAAACCAAAUUUAUUUUUCUCUCUUGAGAGAAAAGCAGUAGAGGAUUGAAUUUGGUCAUCUAAGGACUUUAAGCAGAUGUGACAGUGUUUUAAACGUGGUGUUCUACACAGCAAAAAAAGGUAUUAUCAAUGGGAUUAUAGUCCUUCAGCGUCUUCUCUGUCAUCCUCUUGUGUGGAAAUACAUGUCGUACUCUAAUUUGUGUUAAUGAGGAAAAAUAACCAAAUAUAUUUGGUUUCUUCAGGAUUUCUUACCCAGUCUAACUAGAAUGUUCUUAGAGUGCUCAUUGCUAUAGUAUCUAAGAGCUAAACCAUGCUGACAAAUUGAGAAGUGGGUUUAGAGAGAAAUAUGGCUAUUCCCUUUUGUGCCUCUUUUCAAGAUUGGCAGUUGAGUUUGUUUUCAUCCGUCUGAACAAUAAUAAUCCAUGGAUAAUACACAGCUUUUCUCUCUGCUGUUCUUUCCAGUAAUCAUUGAAGCACUCAGGCCAGGGGUUUAGAUGCUACAAGUAGGUGUGAGUGCGUUAAUGCCAUUGAGCCCCCGUGAGCUGUAUAAUGGAUCUUUGAUGUUUGUGUACAUAUAGUACAUCUCCUACUCAGAUGAUCUGGCAAAAUGCUCUCUCUUCCAUUUUCAGUCUCUAUCUUUUUAAUGUAAGCUGGUGUGCUCUGUUGUAAUUCACUCUCAGGUUCAUACUGAUGUGUUGUGAUCAGAUGAAGGUUCUGUUCAGUCUUUUCAAACUGUAGCCAUGGUAAUUGGGUGGGUAGAAUGAAUACAUAAAAGUGUAAUGGCCGUUUUGAAUGACUGGGUGUCCACCUGACAUGUAAUUAGCUGCUUCAGGAAGAUGUAGAUUGGCAUGGUUGUAAUUAAAAGGAUUUCUGUCCUUGUAUGUGAUUGAAAACAGCAGCUCUUCCAUUUCCUAAUUUCCUUUAGUACUAAUGCGCUCAACAAUGUUUGGAACAGCAACAAGUAACAGGGCCGGCUCCAGGGUUUUUGCCGCCCCAAGCAGCAAAAAAAAAAAAAGGCGCAAUCGCG